GUUCUUUAGUAGUACUGUCUAUAUGUUCAAGUUUAUCCUGGAGGUUUAUCUUUGCACAGUAGGUGGGAAUAAUCAUCUUGAUGUGCAAUCAUGCUUCAUGUGAGCUCUACUCUAGUUGGUUCUAAUAAUCGCCUGAGCAAGCUUCAAACACAAGGUAAAGCACUGGAUGAGUUGGGGCAUCUCAUCAAUGGCCACCUUUUUCUUCUUUACUUUUGCUUACUAGUAGCUUUUGACUGAUUUCCCUCUCAAGAAAUGUCAAUUAACAGGCCAACAGAUCAGCAAGCGAAUGUGACUCAAAUCCUGCAACCAUACAGCUUGUGCAUGGAGUGCAAGAGUAACUGAACAAACUGUUGACAUAACAAUGUAUAAUCUUAUUUCAAACAAAAAAAACUUUGGGAAAAAAUUCUCUGGAAAAAAACUUUCAAAAUAAGAACCAUGUGCUCGUUGCAUGAGAUUUACAGUUGGUUAGAUCUAGCUAAAAAAGGAAAGUGACAGGACACGAACGCAAUUAUCCGCAGCCAAAGCCAAGGCCCAAGGGCAACCAGAAGAGCCAAGCUGCCAGCGAAACGAACGCCACCGAGAGAGGGCGGAGAUAAGAGAGCGCCGUGCCGCAAGGCCUCGUGUCGUGGAGUCCGUCCCCCUAUUUCUCUCGUGAUUCGCCCUUGGGAUCUCGCGCCCGCCACGGUUGGAAGCCGCAGCCAGCGAUGGGUUCCCGCGCUGAUUGAUCCCUGCGCGUAGGUAGUCACAGCCUGGGUAGGCACAGGAGCCAGAGAGAAGAGAGAGGGAGAGAAGAGAGGGAGGUGCAGGGCAGGCCGGAGCGCGGAGAGAGCAGCGCCCACGCGCCACAUGGACCAUAAUGCCGGCUCCUUCCUCGCCGUCCGCCGCCUCUCCGGCCACCACACAUCACCGGCUGAUGUUGUGUCGGGGUCGACGGCGUGGAUCGGGAGGGGUUUUUCGUGCGUGUGCGUGCAGAGGAGGGACAGCGACACGCGCAUUUCCUUCGAUCUGACCCCGAUUCAGGAAGAGUGCCUACAAAGAUUACAGAACCGGAUAGAGGUGCCUUAUGAUAGUAAAAACAGAGAACAUCAGGAAGCACUGAAAGCCCUUUGGCAUGCUUCUUUUCCUGGAACUGAACUUCUUGGACUAGUAUCAGAUCAGUGGAAGGAGAUGGGCUGGCAAGGGAAAGAUCCAUCCACAGAUUUCAGGGGCGGUGGAUUUAUCUCUUUGGAGAAUUUACUUUACUUCGCUAGGAACUAUCCAAAAUCCUUUGAGGAGCUCCUUUGUAAGCAGAAUGGUGACAGAGCUUUGUGGGAAUAUCCAUUUGCUGUAGCUGGUGUAAAUAUUACAUUCAUGCUCAUUCAGAUGCUUGACCUUCAAGCAGCUAAGCCAAGGUCUUUGAUUGGAGCAGUGUUCCUAAAUCUGCUUAUAGAGAAUGAUCGAGCUUUUGACAUUCUUUAUUGCAUAACCUUUAAGCUGAUGGACCGUAAAUGGCUUGAAAUGCAUGCCACGUAUAUGGAUUUCAACGCUGUUAUUAAAUCUACACGACGCCAGCUCGAGAGAGAGCUAUUACUUGAAGAUAUUCAACAAAUUGAGGACAUGCCGUCGUACUGUUUCCUCACACGUUAGCAACUGAAGUAGCGAAGACUCACCUAACAUCAGUACAGCACUAUGUGUAGUGAAAGUCUUCAUAUCUAAAGAAUUUUGCCCUGCGGACUCAUGGGCGAAGCCAGGCGGGUGCAUCAGUGCGUCACCUCAAUUGCUUAUGGUGUUAUCUUCCACUAAUUAACAGUGAUAAAGAGUAAACCGAUGGAGGUUAUUUCUUAGUUCCAUUGCGGUCACUUGAUCCCAAUGCUUAUGUACUCACUUUGCCCUGCUGCGAACCCAUGUACAUUGAGCUCAUGUGUGUCAAUAUAGGAUCACGGAUGUGCUUCUGUGGUCUGUUGGACCAACUUCUGAUAUCCUGAGCUCCUGGAUCUGCAUGUUUGGGCUUUCUCUGACCUGACAUUUAAGAGUAACCGGCUAUCUGAACUGCAGC